GUUCAACUCAAGAUUACUAGCCGGAAAAUCAAAACAGUGUUCACACCCUAAUUUUUCAGAACCACCCGAUGUCUAUUGGAACAUCGUGGCCUCCGCUCUGAAGUCCAACCCCUCCCAUAUGACAGGACUGGAUCUGAGUGGAAGCAACCUGUCUGAUCUAGCAGUGAAGUUCUUAUGUGAAGGACUGGAGAGUUCAAACUGCAAACUGGAAAUUCUGAGGUUGAAGAAUUGUAGUUUGUCAAAAGUACACUGUGAUGUUCUGGCUUUAGCUCUGAAGUCCAACCCGUCCCACCUGAUCGAACUGGACCUGAGUGAGAACAAUCUGCAGGAGUCAGACAUUCAGCCGCUCCUCGAUCUGUUACCGAGUCCAGACAGCAAACUCGAGACUCUGAGGUGGUUCUGAUGGUCCAUCAGGUGAAGCAGCAGCAGUUUGUCUGCAGAUGUUCUGGACCAUGCUACAGGAGGAGAGGGGUGUGAUGGAGGAGUCAGAGGAGAAGAUGACUUUCAAAGCUUCAGUGUGAAAUCUCUGGUUUACAGGGUUAAAAAAAAUAUUUUAAUGACCAAAAUGAUGAGAACAUUUUUCAGAACAACCAAAUGAAACAUUUUGAGUUUGUUUUUUGUCCUAACAUUAGACAUAUUGCCUCAUUAGUCUAUUAAACUGAAAUCUACUGAAAUCUGUUGUUUUUUACUUUUAAGUCAGAUUUUAUUUCUUGGAGUGAUGUUUAAUUUUUUUCAUCUUCUGGUCUAAAUUGAGACGUAUUUUUGUUUUGAUCAAUUUCACCUGCAGCACUGUGAUAAUGAAACAAGGUUGUUUUUUUCCAGCAGCGUGCUUCCUUCUUUUAGUCAUUUAAUCAAGGAAACAAUAAAGUGGAUUUUUCCUCGAAGAAACUCAUGUAACAACUGUGUUUUGUCUUCUCAGUAUAGUAAU